CUGUUCAUAUUUCGUCCAGAGGAGCGCAUGGAUCCGAGACCAGGCACACCGUCCGCCGCUGUCCUGGAUGCUGCACAGAUAGAGACAGGAGGCUGCUGCAUCCUUCAGUUUUCUCACACAGUGAUUCAUAGUUAUUGCUAUAUUAGUGACGGGUUAAACUAGGCAGAUAGAGACAGAGCACAGGUGCGGUUUGUUGGUUGUAAUUUACCGGUGAAGGCAGUGCGGUGGAGAUGGAGCGGUGGAAGGGGAGAGUGGCCCUGGUGACCGGAGCUUCUGUGGGGAUUGGAGCGGCUGUAGCCCGGGCACUGGUCCAGCAAGGCAUGAGGGUUGUCGGCUGUGCCAGAAGUGUCGACAAAAUAGAGGUGGGCUGUAAAAUUAUAUGUGUUUUACCACUGCUAAAUAAGAUUGUCCGACUAACAGAAGAAGCUAGCUGUGUCAAAGCAGCAACAAACGGGCUAACCAACGUUAACUGUUAGCUAACAUUAGCUUCAUAACUUCAGGUAGAAACCUUUAGCCCCGGCGUUCAGUGGGCAAUAUUCCUGAUUUUUCUUUUAAUCUGUAUUUAACGAAAGGAAAUUUGCAAACCAGGACAGUAUGUAAAUGUUAAAAAUAAGGAUGUAAUUUAAACAACAAUGAUAGACUGCUGAUGAUAUAUAUUUAAAUAUAAUAACUGCUUGCUAACAUUAGCUUUAAAACUUGAAGCAGAAACCCACAGCUCCAACAGUAAAGCUAAUGAGGGUGAUAGCUAUUUGUGAUUUUUUUUUCUUCAUUUAAAACCAUGUAUGAAAGAGGAUAAUAUUCGGACAUGAAGGUUAGACUCUAGACACCAGUGUUGUAGAGGUAAUACGAUGUUAUCACAGUUGACUACAAACCUAAUCUAUGGUGGCAUUAAUAAACUGGACUGAGUUAUACAAUGGGAGCAGAAAUAGUGAAUUUAAACAGCUAACACAGACUACAAGAGAAUUAUCAUGGGAACACAGGAGCUGCUGUUUGGGUUUUUGAUCCUGAGUUCUUAUGAUGUUUGAGCUCAGGGGAUAGAAUUACAUGGUGGCUCAUGAUCAUACUUGAGGAUACUAGAUACUUUUCUGAUAAAAUGAUGAUGCACAGAUUUUGCCAUAACUGAUAAUUUGACUGAAGAGUAAACAAAAUUAGAGCAUUCAUAAAUGUCAUUGGGGUCACCACAAGGAGUCAAGACACAGUAGCACAGAGUUCAACUGUAAUGGAAAUCUGUUUACAGCCUCCAACCAUUUUUUGAUUGACAUAUUUAUAUGUGGCGUUAGAAAUAUGAUCACUGCAUCGUACAAGUCAGGAAAAUAGUUUAUUGCUGUAUCAGUGUUAUAUCCCAUCUCGAUCUGGUUUGCUUUAGUUUUGAGUUAUUUUCUUGUUUGAGAUAUUUUGUUUCCAUAUCCAACCCUGUUUUAACAUGCUGUGCAGAUUAAAUUAUUAUUAGUAGUAGUUUUAGUAUUGACUUUAGAAAAAGGACCAGGAAGUUGAUGGAAGUCUGGCCUCUAUUUUCCCCAUACAUUUCAAUGACUUUGGGUAGAAAGUUGGAUCACAUGUACACAGGCAGUAAUGGAGGGGGGUAACUGUCCUCUAAUAUAUAGCAUUAUUUAUGUGGUAUUUGCCCAAAUUAAUAGCAAGAUAGACAUUUCUCCAAUGUUUGCAUUUAGUUGUCCAGAUUAUAGGUCAUGUCCAUUUGUGAAAAGUAGUUAACUUCAAUGCAGCUCAUGUAGCUCUGUUGGUUUCAAGUCAGGUGUGGUUUUAUGCAAGUAUGCUAUAUUCUUUGAAGAUAAACUGCCCUUGUAGUAUUACAUUUGUAACAUAUUACACUAUAUUUAAACAAUUGAAGAAAUCUGACAAUUGGUACAGCAGCACAGUGAGGGAUAAACCCAGGCUGAAUCCACAUGAGCUGUUUUGAUUGCCCAUGUUAAUAUCUAAUGAAUUCUUCUGUACUUAAAUCCUCUUUUUCCAUUUGAGAGACUGUGCAAGCUUACUGUAAGUCAUCAACAACCAGCUGAGGCAAACUGAUGCUCCUAAACCAGAAACACUCUAGAUAUCAGCCACACCCAUAAUCUGUUGUAAUCUCCGUUAUAAAUAUUUUAUCAUUAAUCCUAGCUUGAAAAAUAAUUCUCUAUCGGCUGACCUUAUCCUGUGAGGUCAGAAGUCAGGGUCAGCAGCUGACCAGCAUUAACAGAGCGCCGUCUCUGUGUCUUCUUUCUUGUUAUGUGAAAUAACACUUGAAGGAAUCUGCAAACAGCUGACAGGUAGUAGUGAGUCACCCUGCCAUCCUCGAUUUGCUGCCAGUGUUGUAGUAAUAAACUGUCUGUUCAGGUAAAGUCAAACCACCUCACCUGUUUCCAAAGAGGUGUCAGUGGAUGCUAGCGGGGGUCUCUUUGGAGUGUCAUGGCUUUUUAGACAUAGUGGGACCUCGGAAGUGUGUGAUCCACCUGCUGUGAAUUAGUGUGGAUUAAUCCAAGGCUUCUUGAGUUUGCAUGUAGAAAUCUCCUCAGGCAAGGACAUUGCAGCCCACAUGAUCUAUGUAUUAAUGUGAGUGUGAGUGGACCAUAUCUGGCAUGAGGGGGGGGGGGGGUCUCUGAAAGUUAAAACAUAUAUGUGCUACAUGUGUCAGUGGUCAACCCAUACCAGUUUUUCAACAGUAGAUACUAAUGCCAGUGACAACAAAACAGGUAAGCUGAUGGCCAACAUAUAAUCCCAGUGUGACAUUGUUUCUUUUUGUAUUUAAUCAAAUGUGAUAAUAAUAAUAAUAAUAAUAAUAAUAAUAAUAAUAAGAAGAAGAAGAAGAAGAAGAAGAAGAAGAAGCCAUUAUUGCAUGCUUGCUACAAUCUCAUAUGCCAUACUUUGUCUUAGCCAGAAAUUUGUUUCAGAUGGAUUUCUAAUUUAAUGAAAUGGAAUAGAAAAAUACAUUAAGCCAAGCUGUAGAUUUCAGACUGUGUCAUAUUUAUGUCAGAAGCAAUAUUAAACUUUAUUAUUCUAUACACGAUCAAAGAAUAUUAAACACUUGUCAGUGAUCUUCUGCUAGCUUAGAUCUUCUGUCAUUUAAAAAACAAAAAACAUGUUAUUGCUUGAAGGGACAUUAUCAUUGCUUGGCACACGGCCUGCAGUGUCUGCAGACAUAAUUUGUUUCUAUUUUUAAUCAACCGCCUGAGCCCAGAGAUCAGCUAAUGCAGAUUAUUCCAAAAUGCCAUUAAUCAGCCUGAUGUAUCAGCUCAAACAAUCAAAAUGGUCUAUCUGUAAUGUGUGUGCUGAUUAACUAAUUUGUCCAUAAUGUAAAAAUUAUCCUUAUUACAUGUCUAUGUAUCAUAUCUUGCUCACAAUAAGACAGAUAUAGAAAAAGAUUCAUGUAAAAAUGUCCCAAAUUUAGUGUAUAAAGGCUGAUCAGGGAGUCAUACCUUUUCAAUCUCAAUUUACAAACUGUUGAAACCAUGUCAUUUUCCUCCCUCUGUUGGUGUGUGUCGGGACAAGCAUGACACACGUCACAUUUUUUUAGGUCAGUGUUCAAUUGGCCGUAUAACUGAGAGAUUAAAUCACACCCACUAUGACACUAAAAGUCCAAUCAGUAUUUAAGCCCUGCUCUCAUCGUGACUCUGAAAGUAAUUAGUGCCAGCAGUGAUUAUGUUUGAACUGUAUGGGAAUUUAACAAAGGCAUAUUGAAUCAAUGGAUUUGUGGCUGUGAUUAAAUUUGUGCGGAAGGGGAAUGUGUGAGGCAAAGCUUCCUGUCAAAAGCUAUGGUUGUAAUGUCUUUGACACACAUUCUGGCACACUGUGGCUGACACCUCCACCAGGGCAGGUGUCAGCGCCCCUCCCCACUGACUCUCACCAGACCAUAAGCCAUAAGGCUGCUGCACCUUGCUUAUCUUGUCAGCCAAUAAUUAAGCCACACUCUCCACAACCCACACCUGUCCUAGCUUCCUGCUCUGGGCUGCAGAAGGCCUUCUCUUUCCACUUCAAAUUACAUUUAUCUGCCUGUAAGUUUAGCUGCAGACAGUAAAGCAUGGCUAUUGGGACGGUCACAUCUGUUUUUGGGUGGUGUUGCUUACAGUUGCACUUUUAUGGUUAGGUGGGAGUAUUGGAGGAACAUUAGCAGGAGGAGCUUAGCUUAAAAGCAUGGAUUUCAAGUAUGCAUGGAAACCAUUUCCUGGGAUUCCUAAACGGAAUGGAAAAGUAUGGAGUUAAAUUUAAGUAGUAGAAUAACAAUGGAAAAAGAAACAGAGACUAUGGAAAUUAUUGUGUUUACAGACUUGGGCCAUUUUCCGUUAAGCUUGAAGCACACAACAGCAUAAAUGGGCAUAUUCUGCUUAUAUGGAAAAGAUUUUAAGAAACAUAGAAAUGUAGAUAUUAUAAAUGUGAACACCUGAUUUUUUCUUUUAGCUUUAGUUUAUAAGACUGUGUGGAAAAACAAGGCUGCAGUGACAUUUUAAAAAUCUCUUCAUGUAACUGUAAUUUUAUUUUAUUUCCAAUCUUUAAAAAGGACAUCAGGCAGACCUGUAUUAUAAACCUGUUAUAGCCAAGUGUUAGAGGAGGAUAACUUAAGUGGAGAAAUCAAAUUGGCAAAUACUAAGGAAAUUUUGAGUAGCUUUAAACUAAAAAUGAAUUAAAUUUGGAUAAAUAGUCUGCUCCAGUGACCUACUAAAGCUAACAAAACAAACAGUACCAAGACCAAUAUUUUCUCAACACUAAUUUUUAAUGUCUUAAACUGGUAGGAUUGGGGGAUUGUUGGAAUUGGGUACCAGUUUUAGCUGGUUCACAUCAUAUUUUAUAGACAACUUCUUAUACUUUAUCUUGGUAAAAAUUAACCACAGGUCAUAAAUUUGUCGGGGUGGGAGAAAAAUUGGGCAUAGUAUUGCGAUAUUUUGUCUGGUGAUAUAUCGUAUCUUCUCAUUUACCAAGUGUCAAUUUUUCUAAUUAAUUCCUAAUGUGAGGUCAAAUCUAUGAUCAUGGAAAAAUAAAAUCAACUGUUUGUCAUUUAGGUUGGCAGAGGUGACAUCAUAGAGCAGGAGAAAGUUAGUACAACAAACAUAUCAGGUUUGCAAGAUGUACGACAUGAAAAUAACACACAGCGUAAAUAAGGCAAACAUAUAGGGAAGUCAAAUGCUAAAUUAGCUUAACAGUUGAAAAAAUUGUAUGAAUCGCAAUAUAUUGUAUUGGAAUACUCACUGUAUUGCAAAAUGUUAAAAAUCGCAAUAAUAUCGUAUUGUGGCCCAAGUAUCGUGAUAAUAUCGUAUUGUGGGGCCACUAGUGAUUCCCACCCCUAUGUAUUUGACUGCUUACUUAAAGAGAGGUGGGAUUUCAAAUAAAAAACUGUUUUUACAACUCCUUACACAUGCACCUGACAAUACCACCACACCCUGAAAGUUCUGCUCAGGACCUUUAAAACAUUCAUUUUGGUUUAUUUGUUAUUUUAAUCGAGGCCUGUUUUUUAAUACAGGCAUAAUUUACUUUUACUGCACACACAAACACACACACCGCUUCCCAUACACACAUGCAGUGAGUGUGAAUUGUGCAACACCCUUCCGCCCUUCAUUCAUACUCCAGUCACAUGGUACCCUCUGUCAAUCGUUAACAGUGACAGCCCGCACUCGUGACUUGUGCUGGAUGAAAAUGAGGUCAUGUCUUUAAAACCUUAAUUGUACUUAAACAUUAUACACGCAUUAGUAGGGAUUAAAGAGCUGAAUGCAUCACAAGCAGCAAUCUGAACUCUCCUUUGUUUUACAUUUUGAUGCUUUAAACUACAGCUUGGAUUCAUUGAAGUAAAGAUUUAGACAAACAGGACAUACAUGAGCAUUUGGAUGAAGCAACAGGUUUUCAUUUCUCCCAGUCUGUGACAGAUUUCAUCACUUGCACUAGACCUUUGAGAGCUGUCUGUAUGAGCUGAGGGACAAAGCCAGUAUUGUCCCCUCUCUCCUAUGUUGACGGGGUUCUUGCUGUAGUUGUGCCAAACCUGGCAUGCUGCUGUUGGGGGAUGUAAGUGUCCGUUACUAAGCAAUUGUUCCUCGCUUCCCUUUUGAUCUUUAUUUAUGUACAAGAAAAUAAAGCUUUUACAACCAGAGUGUUUCUUAAAGAACCCAUUUUUAUUCAGCUAGAUCAAACAGUAAUGAUAAAGAAAAUAGUGUUUCAUGUCACUAGUUUUUCUGUCCAAACAUAUGAGGAGUACUCACUGUGCAGAGUUGUGGCAGCAGUAUUGUUGUGCUGUGUGACACUAUAGUGUAGGCAGUGAGGGAGCUGGGAGCUGCAGAGGGACGUGUGGUCACCAUGGGCUCUGUGCAGGAAUGGAGACGACAGAAGUGAUCCAAGUGGCAGCAGCACAGCUUCUCAUUAACUGUUGUGAAACCUGUUAGGUCCAGUGGGAGAGGCUUUUAUUCGGCUGGAAGACAAAUCUCUCCACAGUGCGCACACAGUGUUAUUUAAGGUUUUAACGGUUCAGCUGGGCCUCUGUCUAUAUACCUUGCAGUCCAAGUGUGUGGAGUGUGUGCACAUCAUAUAACCUUCAUACUACCAACUACUGCAGAAAGUGAUUUCAGUGUUCAGACCACCAUUAAGAAGAACUUCUUGAGGAGCGUAACAGAACAGUCUUCUUUAAUGAUUGUGGAGUUGAUGUCAUACCAGAAUGAUUUUAGUCUGAGCUCAUAUCUGACUCAGAAGAAGACAAUGUGUUAGCUCUAAAGCACUCCAGCCCACAUAGCCCACAUGUUGUCAUACUUGCCUACCCAGCACAUUGUGAUGCAGUCAUAAAUACACUGUUCUGGGAGUGUGAGCUUCACUUGAUAAUCAGCAAAACCAAGUCGAGAAGGUCCCCCUGAGAGUGUAGACCUCCACCGGGGACAAUAGUCUGCUUUUCUUCAGUGAUUCUGCAAGGGCAGCUUCUGUUUUACAUUUGAAUAAAUUUACAAGUGUUUAUAUCCAAGAUCUACUUCAGAAUAUAGUUGUGUGUGUAGCUCAAGUGUCAUCUUGAUAGCUGUGCAGUUAUGUAGUACUUCUAAACCAGGAAAAUUUUACAACACUAUACUUUCAUAAUAAGAAGUGAACAGGUAAUUCCAUGUCUAUGUUGAUGGAUAUCAAAUGUUUAGACUGACAUUAUGUAAUAAAAAGGGCAGUUUUGAUUCAAAAUCAGCUUUUGCAAAACACACAAAACAUUUUUGUUGUUGGUUAAAGGAUCCAAAUACCUGCUCAAAGUCAAUGAGGUCUACUUGACCCAUGAUACACCUUUGGUAUAAAUCACGUGAAAGCAAAAUAGCUUUUAUAUCAAACAAACAAAUCACAAAGAAGUUAACUGAUGAUUUUUUAAACAAAAAAAGUAUUUCGACACUAUUGGACAGUGUUAGGUCUGGAAAACACAUGGAACUGUGAAAAUGAAAAACACAAAAAUUUUUUUUACAAACAUUUUAUUCUUAAAGUAGUAUCUUGUUUAGAUUAUGACAGCUAUCUACAAAAUGCACUAUUGCAUUUAGGACCGUCAGCACUAAUAUAUUAAAUUUUAGUGUCGAAGGUCCAAAAACUGCAUCAUAAUAGGCAGCAGAGCUCUGUUUUGGAGUGUGAAAAUCGCUGCUGACAGACGUGUGGCUCAGAUCUAAGGAAUGUCCUCUGAUUGGUAUGUUGUGACCAUCAUGCUUUACCAUCAUAGGGAACAAUAGUUACACACAUACAGGACCUGUAUGUCAAAGAGGAAGCAACCAAACUGGAGCUCCUGAAAAGGGCACAUGCCGUAGCAUUAACCGAGAAUUACUGGACAUUGGUAACUAAUCAAAACUAUCCCAAGUAUCUAAAACUACAAUAACUGCACACCAUAUUGACAUUGAUUAGAGAUGUUGUACAUGCACUCUGCACUCCAGCAUGUUUCUUUGUGUAACAGUGUUUUCCCCUCAAAAACAAACAAACUAAAGCUGUCUCCUGCCUCCAGGUCAUGGUUUCAGACCACACUGGUGAAGCAGUGCAAUAUUACUUUAAACAAUAAAUCUUCAAGCUAAGAUCAUAGAGUACUUUUCAUUGCAUUCAUUUCAUUUCCAAAUCAACACACCUGUAAUAUUUGAUUUGCAUUAUCAGAAUAGACUUGAACAUUGUUGUUAUAAGCACAAUAAUAGAACAUGUGAUAAAAAAAAUGCUGUUGAUCAAAAAUAACUUGAAAUUCUGUGUGAAAGCAGAAUUUUAAAAAGUCAUCGUUUGAUAAACAUUGCCCUUUUUGCUGUAACUGUUGCAACAAAUUGAGAAAACCUUGAAUUUAGGUUUUUGGUUAAGACUAGAUUUUAGGGUUAGAUUUGAAUGGUCUCAAUAUAUUAAAGAAAAUCUGCUGCCUGAUAUCUUCCAGGAUAAGAUAGGAUUGGAAAGGUUUGCUGAUGAUAUUGAACACAUUUUGAGACCCCUUAAGUAUAAACUGACUAAAAGGGCAUUCUUGAAUAUAUUUCUCAUUAUCUGCAGUUCAGGGCUGAUCUACAGGCGAUUAGUGUCAGGGCUGCUGUUGCUCCAGUGGAGGCAGAGGGCGAACUAGGCUGGGGUCUGUCAGAUAAUCAAUCAGCCAAUCAGUCGCCUGUGCAUCCACAGUGACUCCUGGGAAUUGCAGUUUAUUCUUUACUUUGCGUUUGUGAAUAUAGCGGCAAACUUUAGCUGUAAAGUGAUUCAUCAAGAAAUGGGAAGUCACUUUUUUUAAAGACACCCAGAAGGGAGGGGACAUGUUGUUUGCUUACUAGUCAGUAAAAUCACGUGCCUUAGUGUAUAUUUGGCUUGGCUCUGAAUGUUUUUGCACAACCUUAUUAAACAGCAUCCUCUUUACAAGGCUUCAUUAUUUUCCAUCUUCACUACAGUGAUCGUGACCUUUGUUCAAACCUUGGCUGAAUGCAGAAAGAACAUUUGCCUCCAGAUAAUAAAUAAAUCAGUUUUUAUUGUAAGCUGUUUCUGAAACGAUGACACUGUCAUUUCACGGGUGCUUUGAGGCCACCCACAGUGGAAUCAUCUGUCAAAACACAAAGCUCCGGCUGCUGCAAUUUUAGAUCAGAUAAAUUUAGCCAACAUAAUUUGUGGGUUUUAAAUGCUACAUGGAUUUGCGGUUGGCAUGCACAGAGCCUGUGUUAGCGAAAGAUUGGAGAAUGAUUCAGUAUGAAGUAUGAGCAAAGGAGAUGAAUCUGUUGUACCAUUGUGCUCAGCAAUAAAUAAAAUCAGUCUGGAGUUACAUAACUCAAAGCGGGGUCAUAGGAGGCAGAUAGAUUUUGUUGCUGAUGUUAUUUUUCAAUAUUCAAAGUCAGGCUGACAGCCCUUUUGAGAUCACGUCUCCUGAACUCAUUGGUAAGGGUCCACAUGUCCAGUUUCUGGUCUUUGUUUCGUCUGGCUUGUGUCAAAAAGACUCUUGAAUAGUUGCCUUUCAUACCACUCUGCACAAAGCUGAAGCCUCUUACACUUUUUCAACUAGCUUAAGUAUCUUCUAUUUAAGGCCCUAAUUCAGCCGCUCAGUCUUUGGCAGGUGAGGCAGCAGGUUAAUUUAAGCACUUGGCUGACCAGCUUUGAUUCGGUGCCCAGUCUGGAGGAGGUAAAAAGUGCUCAGUCAUGCUUCAAAAGCCGAGGUGACACAAUAAAAUUCGAUCAGUGUCGGCCUGUCAGCACAUCUGAAGCUGUCUCAGCCACCUCCUGUAGGCUGUGUCUGGAUGGCCCGUCCUGUUGUUUCACUCUGAAUAGAUUUCACCUCAGAAAGGAUUUGAAGUGGGUCAGGUCAGACAGCUUUACCCUCUUUGUAUCAUACCCUCUCUGCAUCACUUAGGGUUUCUAUCAGUCUUUUGCUCCCAGUCAUAUUUCUUCCUCUUUUUUCGAUCUGUUUUUCAGUCUCUUUGUUGUUUUGUUCAUUUGGCAAGGUCACAGAGUUCCUUUCAGAUAUUCAGCACCUAUACUGAAAUGUCCUCUGCAAUGUUUUUUCUAGAAAUAUAGGCAUCAUUUGUGGCUCUAGUAGUGCAUUUGAAACUCCAGUGGGACAUGUUUACAGUGUUUACAGCUUCACUGUCUCUUCAAAUGAACAUCAAGAGCCCCUGCAUCUAUAGAUAGAGCUACAGACUCGUUCAAUGAUACACCUUCCUCCCCCAAACUCUCAUAAGAAAGGAUCUGACAUACUUAACUUUGCAGAGAGUUUAAUGGACUUAGACAAGAUAAUAACCAAUGUAUGUAAACAAGAAGCAAUCUCUGUAUUUCCAAAAUACCACUUACUGAGGCAAAGAGAGAAAGUUCAUAAACUGGGGAUGAGAAUUCCCAUGGAAAUGAUUAUAGUUUGUCAACUCGGUCCUUUUUUGUGAACAAAGCAUUAGAUAAGUCCCAAUAAUGUCCAAAAUCUUAGAUUAUUAAGUUUUUAGGCUCUUGCACAAGGUAUGUGAAUUAUGGGUCUACAAAUAUAAAUGGCCAGUAUUCAUUCAAGCACAAAAACAUGCAGAAAUGAAAUGUUAGUUAUGUAACUGAUAAUGAAUCAGUUUGUUUUGUGCUUACGUACAAACGAACGUCAUCAAAAAUUGGUGCAGAAACAGUCUUUAGAAUACAGUAAAAAAAAACCUACAUGCUCAAAUUUCCCUGAGUAAGGAACACCUUGUCUAACUAUGCUGGACUCUUCAACAUAGGAACCAGCCCCCCUUGUAUUUGUGUAUGUGUAAUGUGCACAACAUAGUCUUGCAUAAUGGUGUAGAAUUGUCUCACCAUUGUAUUUGGCAUUGUCUGAGCUUCUGCACCUCUUGUCAUCGGCUGUAAGAAAAAUCACAGCACUGCCCUCUCUACCUGCACAGUUCAGGGUCUCCUGUGUCAGUUUUCUCCUGAGCUCAUCUAGUUACUUCACAGCUUCUCCGGUUCAAGAUUUUCUCUUACUCAUGCAAAAAUGUUUUCCACUGACUGCACCAUUUCCACUUGAGCCGGUAGCUGACACAGUCUCAUACCUGACUAAUAACCCAUCAUGUUUCCAUGGAUUCUGACCCCAAGAGACGCUCUCACCAACACAACUAACAAGAGCAUUUCCUCCUGCAGGAGUCCUCCUGGAGUACCAGUCCCGGGUGUGUAGACACAGAUUUAUAAAAAGGAGUGGGUGAUAAUUGGAAGAAUCAGUCUUUGUCAUUUAUAUAAUAGUCCUAAGUGUAAACACCAGUCUUGUGAAUUUGUCUUUGUAUAGUCCAAAACCACCUUAUGCCUUCGGGGGCUUUACAGUCUGCACAGAAAAUGAAAGCCUGCAUCCUCAUAAUAACAGGUUCAAAAACAGUUGAAAAUUUGAAACAGACUUUCAGGAUUAUCUCAAACCUCAAGAGCAUCAUCUUAGUCGGCUUGUGCAGAAUAGAACAAUAUAAUACAGUUUUCACAUGAUGAAAAAGAAGUUGCAGAUAAAUGUACCUAAUGCUACUGCCAUUGAUGGGACUCUCUGACACACAUCAUUUCAUUAUGGGGGACAUUGCAGUGCUUCGUCUGUUAGGUCUUUAUGUAAUCUACUAAGCAGUCAAGUAGUCACUUUUUCAAAAAGCAACAUUUGUCAUUGCUUUGGGUGGCAAAAUUACAGAAACAGGGUUGUGGCUCCAUUGGUCCAUAGUUAUGCAAACCUCCCGGACAUAAUUGGGUCCAUCUAAAAGUAAAUAUAUAUGGUCCAGUUAUUGGACCACCUGAUUAUAAGCAGGGGUGGAAGUCUCUAGUGACCCUGUGAUAUGAUACAAUAUGAUAUGAUAUGAUAUGAUAUGAUCACGAUACUUAGGCCACGAUUCAAUAUUAUCGCAAUUUCAAUGAGUAUUGUGAUACCAUAAAUUGCGAUUGGUACAAUUUAUUUUCAUGUAGCACUUUUUGCAAACCUUAUAUCUCAUGUCUAUCUCAUUUGUGUCUCAUCCCUACUGUCCUUCCCCAGGUGCUGCCAUGUUUGUUGCACUAACUUACUCCUGCUUUAUCAUGUCACCUCUGCAGCCCUCGCUGGACAAAUUAAAAAAUUUUUUCCCCAGUAUCAUAGAUUUGCCUUCAUAUUAGCAGUUAAUUUGAAAAAAUCAAUACUCAGUGGAUGAGACAAUAUGCUAUAUCACCAGACAAAAUAUUGCGAUACUAAGCUGUAUCGAUCUUUUCUCUCACCUCCACUUAUAAGACAGCUCCCCUGUUCAGUAUCAAUUUUUUGAAAAAGACUGUUUAUUUUUAUGUGGAAAACACUUCAAAACUAACUAUGGUGAUGAUGAAAUAAACACCAAAUUUCUUUCAAACUAAGUUGUCACACUGAAAUGGAAUAAACCUUCUGUAAAUGAAGCAUUGAUGGUAUCGUAUUUGUACAUUAUUAAAAAGGAUGAGGAUACCCUUUCUCCCAGUUUGUCAAAAAACUCACUCAACUCCCAGCAGUUGGAUUGGUCCAGACAUCAGCACAAAGGAAGUGUCUAUAGCUGGAAUUGGGUAUUUUGGAGGAGUCCUCUCAACUAAUUCUGAGCAUUUUUAGCAUGAUAAUAUUUUUCAGAUUCUUCCCUAGCUUUUUCUUGCCGUCUGUAGGCUUGGAUACUUGAGUGUAGAAUUACCAAGUGGGAGGAGAUUGAAGGAUCUUAAAACCAGGCCCACUCAUACUCACAUUCCAUUUCUAUACUAUUUAGCUUGGCUGUAGCCUCUGCUUAAAUCUGUAGAGAAACACCCUACAUUUCAUAAGCAAAAAUUGUUCUCAUGCUUGUUUUCUUUUGAUGUCAUAUUGAAGCUUUAUUGUGAUUGUUGAAUGAAUCUUCUAUUACUGCAUUUAAAUGAAAAAACAUAAACCAGUCUUUUGUCUUCUCAGAGUUCUUUAUUAGUCAUUUAAAUCUCCUACUGAGGGAUUGUGUUUUUGUUACUCAUAAAGCAAGCUGACUAAAGUCUCAUACAGCCAAUAGUCUGAUUGGUCUGGGCAGAUCCCCGACCCCAUGGGCUGCUCCCCCUGCACCACCACUGUGCUGCCCUUAUCAUCUCCCAAGGUGUAAGCUUUACUGGCACUGACAUUCCCUUCCUGGGCCUCUUGCUUUGGUAGGUGGGGCGCUUCCCGUCCUGUCUAGUCCUGUUGAAGACUUGCUGGAAAGCUUUGCAUGUGCCCUCUUUGAGAUUGUUUGUGUGUUUUUAUGCGAAAGCCCUGACGUGCACAGAGGGGAAUACCUCAUAAACAUUAAGUGCCACUGUGAAAGCAGGCUCACGCUCGUAAUUGAACAUACAUUUGUAGCAAAGCAAGCGGACUGUGAUAGAAAGCACUUUGUGAUGAAGCACAAACAGAGACAUUAUGAGUUCAGCAAGUUCAGGGUUUCUAAAAGAUUUUGGAGGGGUGGGAGCUUGAUGAAAAGAAUGCAAAGUGGAUUGUUUUUACUUCAAUAGCUGCCUAAUUGGAUUAGUUGCUGGGUGUUUGAUAUUGGACACAUUUUAUGGCUACUCCAAGCUUACACGCUGAAUAGAAUGGGCUAAGGCUGGCUCGGUUUGAAAGGUUUCCUUUUUGGACACAUCAGAUCAACACUGUCUCCAUGAGACUAUUCUGAGUCUGAUUUUGUUGUCUGUGCUUUAGUGUCUGUAAACUUAGCAUGCAUGAUGUGGUUCAUCAACGGGAUUGACUGACAUAUCUCUUGUUAUCAGUGUUGGCCCAUCACAGAUAUUUCGUCGUAUCAGCAUGUUGUUGUUUUAACAAUACCCAGGGAUGUUCUAACUGAAUGAUUGCACUAUAAUUAAAAUAAAAAUUAGAUUAUAUUUUAUAUUCAUAAAUAUAAAAUGAAGAUAAAGUGGAAUAAGCUGUGGUUAAAAGGGCAUAUUACAACUUGAAUGGAAAAACAUGUAACCAGCACAGGAUGCCUGCUGGCUGCUGGUGCUACCUCUGAUAAUCAUAGCCAGAUCAAUUUGACUGUUUAUUCAUAGAACCUGUGAUUCAGAGUUAAAAAUGUCGCACAUAAUUUUAACUGUUUUCCAUGUGUUUUCCCUCCUUCAGACUAGUCAGAUAGUUAAAAUUAUGUCUGUUUAAACAACAAAGAAAUGAGUCACUGUAGAAUAUCCUUAGUAACUCAGUAUCAGAAAUUAUACAGUGAAGGAUAAAGAUUUUCAGAAAAAGAUUUUUGGAUGAUAUAAAGAUGGUAGUCUUCAAGUAUGAGGCAUUCCUCUGAUUGUAUGUAAGAUCCUCCUUUUGUCAAGUUUUUACCUGUGAACACAGAUUCCUUUGAGCACAGCAGCAGCUCUCCUCUCCUUCAUCUCUUUAAUGGUGCAUUUCACAUGACCACCACUCACAAGGUGUAAAAACAGGUUUGUUACUCGCAUGUUAGUUCUGUGUUAUAAUGGUAGCCUCAUGGGCUCCUAUGUAGAUGCAAAAGACUUAUUCUAAGUUAACAACAACACAGCUGUUUUCAAAGAAAGGUGUUAAUUUCACCGAUUUCAACAUAGUCAUGAAUAUCAUAGUACUUUUCCACCAAGUCGGUCCUGCUGAUUUCAGCUCCAUACUACACACUAUACUGUCAGUGUUCAAUGUUGAUUUUCUGCCAACAAAGUACUUUAGAGUAGGGCUGUCCCGAUACGAUAUUGAUAUCAGAUAUCGGUCCGAUAUCAGUUAAAAAACAAAUAUCAGAUUAUAUCGGCCUGCAUCUAAAAUCUCCGAUAUCAGCACUCUGAUACAAGCAGUCCAUUCCAGACUCCACUCUGGCACCUCAAGCUAGCAGCCCCCGGAUCCAGCAUGCAGAGCCCACGUAAUCACAACAGCAGUGUGUACUAAGAUACUAACAAAGUAGCAAGGAGUAGGAGUGAUGUCGGCUUGUGUGGCAGUAUUUUUCAUUAAAGUCUAAAAAAGACAUUGCAGCUGAGUGCAAAACUUGUCAUGCACAAGUUUGUGCCAAUAUUGGAUCAAUAUCAGUAUCGGCCGAUAUUGAAGGCUACAAUAUCGGUAUCGUAUCGGAAGUAAAAAAGUUGUAUUGGGACACCUCUAUUUUUGGAGACAAAAUUGGUCAACCAAUCUGUCAAAAGAUGGACAAUAUUUUCAUACCAGCUGAAAAUAACUUGCUAUGUUGAUUAAAAGUGAACACUUUCCCUUUGAAGUCGGUGUUUAUGCAGGUCUUGAAAGUCCUGAUUUGGUCCUGUUGUAUUCUUCAGGCCUUAGGUUGGCAUCAGGUGCAGCAAUAACGCAUCAUAUGAUGAGGAGCAGGCACAUGAUGCUUGCCGGUUCACUUAAAAGACGCUUCACCCCUCAGCAAGUUUCAGCAGCAAAUGCGAGCUGGAGAGACAGUUCUCCUGAUCACAUGAUGUGAUCACUCUGAGCAUACUCAUACAAGCAGCUGUCUCUCUCUCUAAUAGUCAAGCGUUGCUCAGACUUGCUCUAUUCACCAUCUUAUUUGGAAGAAAGACCUGCUGCUGCCUGUUCCUGGGUUUUAUCACUUUGUUUUGGGAAAUAAAAUGCCGACGCACUGGUUGCACCAGUCUGUUACACAAUACCUGGCUGCCUGCUCUGUCUUUACUCUAUCAGGGUUAUGAAAGCCCUUUUUAUUUAUACCAGGUACCAAACAUCACUAUCAUGCCCGGAGAAUGUUUUUUUAAUUCAUUCAUCAGCCAACUGUGUAUCCAGAUCGAAAGUUAUAUACGCAAGGGGCAAAUACCUGCAAAGUUAUUUCAGAGAUGAAUGGGCCUGCCUGUGUUUAUCGACUGGAACUCCCCAAAAAGCCUUAACUUCUGUCAAUGAUUGUAGCUGCAAACAAAGGUUGUAAUUAUUCUUCUUAUCUGCUUCUCCUGAUGAGUCUGUUCUGAAAGUCGUGUUAUAAAAACCACCCUGUUGAACCUUUAGACCUUUGGAUGGCGGUCUCUCAGAGUGAAGACGAGAUAAUCACACAAACGUCCCAUAUACACCACUGCUGCAAUCCUAUUAUACAGCCUGCUGUCACCUUUAACCCCGACACUUGAAAGGAUCUAUUUUUAUGUCUUACAAUUGUAGUUCAGCUGGAUAAUGAGUGCUAGGAUCUCAGCAGAACAAAGUGUGUUUUACUAUUUGAAAUAUCUUGUCAGUUUGUGUUCAGACAGCAAAUCGAGGAUAGAGUCAAGAUCUGUGAUUUGGUCGAAGUAUCUGUUUGCAAAAUGUUUUAGUAUUUCCAGACAUGCUUUUUGCUGUGAUGAAUAUGUAAGGGGGAGGUAUUUCCCACGUGUCUGGAGGUUACACUUAGUAGCAAUAAACAAGUUUAAACUAUUGAGUAGAUAUUCCUCCUCAGUCAUGCUUGCACCACCCAUACCAUGCAGCUGUUCUCCUGCUUCUAACUGAUAAACAAAGUGAAAUGCAAGUGAAUUUCGAUUAGUUUUAAUUCAGUCUGCUUGUUUUUUUUUUGUUCUCACUCUCCCACUGUUUCAUUCCCUAGCUGCCAACCCUCCCUCCCUGCCUCUCUCCAUCUGCAGACUUUUUUUUUCUGAUUGCUGGACAACGGGCUCAGUAAUGAGGAUGAAAAUGUUUCAUGACAGGCAAAAAUUUCUGUGUGUCACAGGUACUUAAGACAGCAGACAGAAAGGGUUGUGAGGGGAGGAGGUACAUCCAGUGUGUUCAGAGAGAAAGAGUUGACACAGUGGUCCAAAACACAAUCUCUCUUUUUGUCUGUGAGACCGUCAACCUGAGACAAAUCUAAUUCCUCAUCUCUGUGCGCUUAUGGCUGCUGCCUGCUGUUAUUGAUCUGGCUCACCACUUAAAGCGCAUCUGCCUUCAGCACUUUGGCAUCUUUAUUUUUAUCUCCUUUCCAUUUUCUAGCCGGUUGUUUUGUUGGUCCAUUUGCAGCAGUUCCACAUGAGUGGGUGAACAAUAAAACGUGGUGUGGGACAAUGAUGUCCCAUACGUUGCGGAUCUUAUGUAACAGCCCCCUGCAGGGGUUAGAGACCGUGGAUGUUGCUAUGUUGGCAUGCAUACAUAUGUGUGUGAGUGCUGUGUGGCUCUAAGUGCAGCCAUUACUGAAACACGUAAAGGUCUUUUGACCUGUUGUAACAUUCUUAACAUUCAUGUCCAUUCUUAUCUGUCAGUAUUGAUCUUACUGUGACUGUCUUAGAUCAUGUCAAAGAAUGGCUUCAGUUUGUUUUACACAGCUCCUUGUCACUUUGAAUGCAUGUGCUGUCUUCUAUAGAGCUUAUAGAACAGGAUUACAUGAAGGAGGCUUAAAGUAGAGAUUAAACAGAGUGUGUGCAAGUGUAAAAUAUUUUAUGACCCAAAGAAUCUCUUUGUCACCACCUAGGGAUUGGCGAUAAAUUAUCAUUCAAGCUAUAUCGUCAAAAAUAUCCUCCAUGAUAAAUAUUUGCCAUCUCAUGCUAAUUACGAUAAAUGCAAAUUGAUAAUGUAAGCACGAGCAAUGGACUGGCAGCCAUAGCCAACACAGAGCAGAAUAACAAACAAACAUGGCCGAAGGUAAUAAAGAAGAGGUUUCUGAGCAGCUCGUUACUGAAUGAGGCUCCGCAUGAGGGAUUUCCUUCAAGAUUGGGGUUUAGAUGAGUGCAAUCAGGUCUUCCUGACAUUGAACAGUUGAUCUGCUGCUGCUGUUCACUCUGUGCAAUAAGAGUUUUCAACAAAUGUUGAAAAUGUUUUCACAUUUGAGACUUGUUUGAUGUCGUUAGUUUUCUCCAUAACCUACCACUCAAACUCGUGGUUAAGUAUCUUAUUUGACUACUCCAACUGGUGUUCUCAAGACAGAACGAGUCAAAAUUAUAGACUGGAAUUAUCAUUAUCGCCAGAAUGGCAACUCUUAACGUAAUAAUUUUUUAGCCCAUAUCGCCCAUCCCUAUCACCAACAUCAGAUCUAGCUGUUUGAGUCAGUGUCGGACCGACACUCAAAACGAUGAUCAGAUGGAUGCAUCUGUAGUUCGUACAUAAUUACAGCAGCAGCCUGCUGAACAUGACCAUUAAACGGAAGUAUGAGAAGGCUCAACAUGGAGAUGAUGCAUUUCAAGAACUGCGACAGGAGGGACCUCUGGACCUUUCUCUGGUAAUUUGCAGCAGAGCAUGUUUCAGGUGCUGAUGUGUUGGACAAGAGGGGCAGUAAGCUUUUCUGGUUCCUUGUUAGCAGAUGGAAACCUUUGAGGGAUGUGAAGAUGAACUCGGAUAGUCUGCCCAGGUAUCGUAUGUGCGAGGGUAAAAGCUGGAAUAUGUGGAAAUUUAGUUUUAGCAUGACAUCAGUUUUUAAUGUUGUACUUGUCUAUCUUCUUUGAGUUUAUUACAUGAAGUUGGAGUAACUACCAGGCAAGUACAGAGAUGUCUUUUUUUUAAUUUCCUGGCUGUUAGAAAGAAUUGUAGUACUGGGGAUAAACUUCUCCGCCAUCUCUAUCCGCAUGUGAUAUUUUGCUUCAGAGUAACUUGCCACGUCAAGCCCAGUCUGAUACCAUCCAUCACGCCUUCCCCUUAUCAUCAUAAUUAACUUACAUUUAUGUUUACAUUCAUUGAGAGUCGUCAAGCAGCAUUGCUAUCUUCUCUAGAGGUGUAACGAGCUUAUCCGGCAGAUUUACAGUAUGUGAUGAAUUGAUGUGAUGAAUGAAUCAUGAGUAGGGUUCACCUGUCAGCUAUACUGCUGCUGCUGCUGCUGCGGCAUUUUCCGGUCUGAUUUAUUGUCUGUGGGACAGAGGGCCGCAGUGUCAUUGCUGUAGGCGUGGUCAGCAUGUGGGCUGGUCCUGGCUCUGGCAGUACAGCUGGUGCCAGAACUCACCCACCCACUCACACGCACACACACACACACACACACACACACACACACACACACACACACACACACACACACAGAGACCAGAAAGAUUCACAGCCUGAGACUUCCUGUAGUUGGACGAUGGUCACAGCUUGUUAGCUCUGAGGCUCCCUCUUUAACAGCAGUCACAUAACUAAUUCUCCCCCUCUUACAAAAGAGUGGCCUGGCUUCCCCUUUACGUUAACCUCCUUUCUGAAUAAAGUCUGCCUGCCAGCUCCUUCGUGCCCGAGGGCCGGUCCAACUGGGAUUCAGACGAGUGUGAAGUAAGAUCAUUGGUCUAAAUGAGGCUCACAUACUUAACUUAAUAGGCAUUACUGCAGCUGAUCGCAACCUCACAUUUGAGGUAAUGGACAAAAUAGAGCAGUUCACCCGUCUACAGCAGCCGAGGACUUGGUUUGUAGUCAGAAAUGAGACAUGUUUUGAGGGUUUUAAGAUUUUGACAGCUUUCUUCAGGUAAUGCCGUCUCUCUAGAUAAUCCCAGUUAAAGAGCUUAGAAGAAGAGUAGGGAAUCUGCACACUUCAAGUGUGAGAUAAGAUGCAUUCACUGUAGUACAUCUUUUGUAAGAAAUUAGUCAAAAUGAUCCCUCAAUCCAAUUUCAUCUUGGUUAUGAAAAGCAGGCUUUACAAGCUUAUUUUUCCCAAAAGAUGGCUUUAGUGGCUAACACCACCCAAGAUAUACUCAUGUACUUGUUAUAUUCUGGUGUGAGCCAUUCAACAAAUUCAACAUACCCACAUCAAUCUACUCUAACACACGAUAAUAACAAAGCCACUGCUGCUUUGUUUAUUCAUAGGCAGGCUGUCGGUAAAGUUGAAGCAGAUAUGAAGGAGAAAGUCAUCAUCUUUUUUCUUUGGAAUUGUCUCAACAACAUCUGUCGCUUGUAUGAUAUACUCACUGUCUAUACAACAUGCUUUGUGAUUUCACUUUGAGCACUCUCACAGCACUAAGAAGAAGUUGUAUGAUAGUUACACAAUGAUACAUUUGAGAAAAGGCUUGCAGUGCUUUUUUUAUGAGUGCAACUCGUAAACCAACAACUAUUGUUGAUAGUUAGGAUCAGUGGGAGGAUGUCCCUUAUAUCUAUAAGGUACCUCUGCGGUUGAAAGAGGGAAAGUUAGAAAGCUCAACUAAAACUUUAAUCAGCUAACCUAAGAGCAAAGACAGUCAUUAAAAAUAUAAACACUCAUUUAAUCCAACAAGGGAAAGACACCAAGGGACUGGACAACAAAAUAAAGUGAUGCUGGUAUUCAGUAUAUUUACUGUAAUUAGUAAGCUGCCCUACAGCUUUCAUCAGGUGCAAUAGGCUAACUUUUUCUCAGGGUGAAUUUAUAAAACUAACUUAGAGCUUUAACUGAUUUCAGUGCCAAAAUAAGCAGUUUGAAAACGUCAGCUGAAAUGUAGGAAUAAACAGAUGUAAUUGCUCAAGCUGAUAACAGAAUAAAUACAACAUUUAACUCUGAUCUGAAGUAGUGAAAAGUUGAAACAGCUAAAUUGAUAACAGAGAGAUGCUAUGGUAAGCUACAGCUUUUUAAAAAAAUCUAAAAAAAACUGUUUAAAAAAUAGUCUGUUAAAAGUAAUGAGGUCAUAGAUUAAAAGAAUGGUUGAGAAUUAAAGUUGAAACUGUUUGGUAAAGGGGAUGAGUUAUUAAACUAUAUAGCUGUCUUAAGAUAAUGAGCCAGUUGAAGUUGUGAAAAACCAAAGUUGGAAAAGAUCAGCUUCAGAGAGAAAGGACUGUUCAAAAAAAUACACAGUAAGUGCUAACCAGGUAAAAUUCUCCACGAAAGCUUUCCAGUAAUGAUGGAUGUCUAUCUGAAAUAGUAUACAGUGCUGUUCAUGUAAAAUGCUCAAAGCAAUGACUGAGUAAAUGGUUGGAACUGUUUGCUUGAACUUAUAUAAUAUUAAUUUGAAUAUUUAUCUCUGAGAUGUAAAGAAAAAAACAUUUCAAAUAGGUAUCUCAAACUGGGUAAAGCACUCACUCAUACUCUUAACAGGCGGUGUUACAGAGUGCUGUGCAUCAUGUCUAUCCACCACCAGCCUCACCCUUAUCACCCUCAUGCCCCUCCUGUCUGACUGGCACCCAGAGGGAGACAUCAGGUGACUGGUGCAGCUGUGCCUGGCAGGGGGAUCUGUGUCAGUUUGCAUAAAACCCCACAGCGGUAGAGAGCCAGCUGACCUGGUUGGAGUGCAGCCUGCUCCGCCUGCAGCAGGCUCAGCACCGCUGUGUCCUCAGGAGAGAGGUGUCCAAUCAGUGCAAAGCUUGCUUCUUCCUGUACAGGUUGUGUUAUUUUUUGCAGGAUUUUGGUGGGUCUGCUUCAAAGUGUGCUCAAACUGGGGUGAGUUUGGCUACUCUGGUGCGGACAGGUUAUAUCUGGCCCUCAACUGAUGUGCUGUUGGUUUUAUGGUUGCACGCUCUCACUGCUUCCUCAGUGUCUGAGUAGGUAGGGUGUUUUCCAUGGCAGGCUAUCUUUACAGUGGAGCUGCAGGUUAAUCAUUACCAGUUCAUACUCAGCUGUGUCCUUGUCGGAUAAUAAGCUUACGCCCACUUUAUAUGGCUGAAUUCAAGUCUUAAAAUAUUGUUUCUAUCCUCCUCCUCCUCCUCAAAGAAUCGUGUUUUUAAGGAUAUGUCUUAUUUUUAUUUUUUAGAAACUUGCGGCAGAGUGUCAGAGCGCAGGCUAUAGCGGCACACUCAUCCCUUACAAGUGUGACCUUUCUAAUGAGGAGGAGAUCCUGUCCAUGUUUUCGGCCAUCAAGACUCAGCACAAGGGCGUGGAUGUGUGCAUCAAUAAUGCUGGACUAGCCCACAACGAGCCCCUCCUCAGCGGAAAGACAGAGGGCUGGAGGAACAUGAUCGAUGUAGGUGGAUCAUACACACACACAAACAUGUUUUUACUGAAACAAACAGGUAAAACGGUUAGCAUUUAUAUAGAAAGGGUAUGAUGAGAAUCACCUCUUUAUGGCUACGCUUUAUUGAUUUUAUGGUCAAACAGAGAAUCGGAGAGAUGAGCUGAAUGGUUGCCUAGAGGGAGUGGAAAUCCUGUGUUUGUCGAGCUUGUGUUGUGCAAAGAAAAAGAUUUAAAAGAGAAAUGUGUGGAUCCGUGCACACACACAAAGAGACAAAAACACACACAAACACACAAACUGAUCCCCUCCCCUCACAGAGGCCGCUUCAUUGGCUCCGGGGAGAGGCUCUGGCAGGCACAGCAGAGGCCCGCUAAUGAAAGCCAGCACUAUUUCUCUUGUUAGGACACUCUGAUUCAUCGGGCUCUUGACCACUGCAGACCCCCGGCUCUAAAGUCUCCAUCUCUGUGGUCCUGCAUUCAUAACGCUCGCCCAUCUGUUGUCAUGGCAGCCCAUGUAAAUGUCUACAGCAGUGUAUUUUUAGCCUGUGUUUAAUCUGUGCGCUGACCUUGUUUGGUCACUUGCCCCUUUCUUGCCGCUGAGUUGGCCUCAACCUGCCAUAACUCAGUGUCCUCACAGGAGCAGCUCGGUGAAGAGGCUGACGAAGGACACAAACAGCAGGUUCAGAUGGUCCCAAACAGUGACCCACUGGACAUCCGUCAGCUACAUAUACAGAGCCAUCAUAUAAUAUUCCUACCUGUGACUCAGCAGUAAAUCACAGAUAUGAUAUCAACUAAGUGUUUAUGACAGCAUGGAUUUGCCUUCAUAGGUGUAGAGAGAUUGGUAAGCUAAAAGAUUCAUACACAGUUGGUUAAAAUGUCCGUCUACUCGUCCUCUGCAGGUGAAUGUCUUAGCCUUGUCCAUCUGCACCCGAGAAGCCUACAAAUCAAUGAAGGAAAGGAACGUGGAUGAUGGCCACAUCAUCAAUAUAAACAGGUAACCUUUAAGAGCAAAAGAUUGGAUUGAUCGGAAAAUGCAUCCGCCAGUUUCUUUACUGAGACCUUUCCUUGGCUAUUGUCUGACGCAAAUUAGAGGCAACUGUGUGACCAGAUUGAAAGUGAAGCAUUCCCACAGAUGUGUCUUCAGAACAAACCCUCACUCUUUAUCCAUUUCAUCCCUCUGAGUAAGAUUUGUUCAUCUGUUUCUGGUAGAUCUCAGUUUCAGUGUUGUGAUGUUGCAAUAUGAUUUACUUUCACUUAACAUGUCCUGUGUUUGCUCAAAUAAAAACCUCGUGGUGCAGAUUUGUAAAAAUCAAGUAGAGAAGAAUAUGACCUUUAAAAAGGUAACACUUUACUUGACACCUAUCUCUAUGACGCAUGAUAAAUACAGUACAGGCCAAAAGUUUGGACACACCUUCUCAUUCAGUGUCUUCUCUUUAUUUUUUUAUAUGACUAUUUACAUUGUAGAUUAUCACUGAAGGCAUCAAAACUAUGAAUGAACACGUGGAAUUUUGUACUUAAAAAAAAAGUGUAAAAUAACUGAAAACAUGUUUUAUAUUCUAGUUUCUUUAAAAUAGCCACUCUUUGCUCUUGAUGACAGAUAUACUUAGUGACGUCACAAAGUAACCCUGACAAGGCACACCUGUGAAGUAAAAACCAUUGCAGGUGACUACCUCAUGAAGCUCAUUGAGAGAACAGCAAAAGUUUGCAGCGCUAUCAAAAAAGCAAAGGGUCGCUAUUCUGAGGAAUCUAAAAUAUAAAACAUGUUUUCAGUUAUUUCACACUUUUUUCUUAAGCACAUGAUUCCACAUGUGUUCAUUCAUAGUUUUGAUGCCUUCACUGAGAAUCUACAAUUUAAAUAGUAUUGAGAAUAAAGAAAAUGCAUUGAAUGAGAGGGUGUGUCCAAACUUUUGGCCUGUACUGUAUAUGUAUAAUGCGUCAUAAUCACGUUAUUGCACUGUAUAACUAUAGUUAUAAACACUCAUAAAUGAUCAUAAUGCUUUAUAACAAUAAUCAUAGCACAUUAUAAAGUCUUUUACCAUGACUUACAAGGUCAGGUAUUAUAAUGUGUUAUAACUGUUAACGACUCACUGAUAAUGCCCACAUAGAUAAUGCAAUGCAACUGUUAUUAACAGUUACAACACAUUACAAUACCUGACCAGUGUUUAUAACUAUAGUUAUACAGUGCUAUAACGUGAUUAUGACGCAUUAUACAUGUAUUUAUAAUGCGUUAUUGAGAUAGACGUCAAAUAAAGGGUUACCAAAAAGUUUCUUUGUUAAACAGGGGUUAGGUGGAUCGUUUCUGAUGCGCCGUAGGAAAUCAGGAAUUCCAUUCGCUGACUGGCUUCCCCAGCACAGCAUCGAGCCAAUUUGCCACAAGAUUGAAAUCUUUGACAUAGAAACAGAGUGUUAGCUGCACCUGCAUACAGAGAUCAGUUUUCACAGGUGAAUGAACAGUUAUCAGAUUGUGUCAGAUAUACUGCAAACAUAGACUAGAAACACUUUCCCAAACAAAGACCCCAAAUAAUAGCAUCUAUGCAUUUUCGGAUAAAAUCUAUAAACACCAUGCAGAAAAUGUUAAGAGCUGAUAUGUAACUUGUAUUUUCUUUGUUUCGCAUUGAUAUCAUGACCGUUUAUUAUCCAUUUUCCCAGACCCAUAAACUAAUUUGAGGUCUUCUGUUGAGUGUUCUGAUAAAAUUGUAUGCAAUGUUUUCCUAUAAAGAUAAAUUUAACCUUGAAAACUCUUGCUCACACUUAAAGAUACCCCUGUCACUGAUAAGCAUCUUGCAGUGGCUGAAUGUCUGCAGGGUCACUAUAGUAUUUACAAGACUAGAACUAGCGUCCUGUUGAGAGUUUUCCCAGUCUGACUCCUGAUGCUUGUUUACAAUGAGAAAAAACAAACACUUGAGCUGACACUGAAACAAUUUUCAUCCACAGCUGCUCUGGUGUGUGCAGUUGUUUGAGUUAUCAGGUCCUAAAUGUUUGCCGGGUUCACAUCAAGAGCAAGCAUGCUGGGAAUGAGUUAUUUCCUCUUUCUAUACACACAGUGUCAACAUCAUUUGAUGUAAGUUCUUGCAUUGGAUUCGUCUAAAAAACUUCAAAUGACUGAAACAUGUGACUUUACCUGAAACUCUACACAAGUCAAGACUUUUUAAAGACAGAGCUUUAUGACAUCUGCAGGACUGUGAUUCUGUCCGACAUGAGAAGUGGUCUGCAGCAGGGAAAUCACAAGUAAUCACUUGAUGAAAACAAGUAAAAGCUGAUGUAAGAGAACUUUUUGCAUAUCUAACUCCUCUUUUCUCUGUUACAGUAUGAGUGGACAUCGAGUGCUACCAAGUGCUGCUUCACACUUCUACUGUGCCACGAAAUAUGCUGUGACGGCUUUGACUGAGGGCUUGCGGCAAGAGCUGCGAGAAGCAAACACCCACAUCAGAGCCACAGUAAGUUUGUUUUUCUAUUAAUGUGAGUCAUUUGUAUAUUAAAUCACUUAAAUAGAAUUAAAUAAAGAGUUCCCUUGAAAAGUGUACCACUGUAAGCAAACACAUGGCAGUACAUUUCUACGGCAGAGGUUCCUCAUCUAACCAAAUAGAGUAACAAAUGAAAUAUCUCAUGUGCAAGACCACUUGUCAACGAUGUAACAACCAAAGAGCCACCUCAUUUAUCAUCUUUAUUGUAAUACUUUGACAUAAAGAUGGAUGACAUGUUUUCCAUCAAGACAUCCAUCAAAAAACAAAGCCAAAUUACCUCUGUGACAGCCGCUAAAAUACCGCACUGGCAAUGUAAUUAUGCCCCAGUCUGUUCACGGGCAAACUGGCUUCUGGACGGUAACAUACAGUAUAACAAACACGAACUAAGUGUGUGCUUCAAACCCACUCUGGAAUCUGUUCUGCUGCAAACUGAACCCACCUGAGGGAUCUUCAGUGUUUUAGCCGUGGGUUUAUUGUGUGUUUCGGUUAGUGUCAUGGGUGUUGUGUGGGUCCCACAGUGCUACCAGCCAGGUCACUCCUGCGCCUACUUUGGUUCCACCAAAUGUUGGCGCCCAUCGAAGCAGGUUUUUUGCCUCACAGCUCACAAAGGACAAUGAUGAUUUUCUCCGUUCUUUAUGUUGUCAAGAGGCCACAAGAUUGACUUCACACACACUUUUUUCUUACUAAACUUUUGCAUUUAAAUGAACCUAUUAAUUCAGUCUACAGCAGAGCAGGUGCACGGCACAGCAGGAGCUGAGCAUCACACAUCAAAUUAACACUAAACUUCAGAAAUAUGAACACUAGGACAUAAAUCAUAAUGAUGAGAACUAACUUUUAAUACCAGAAACCAGGUUUGAGAAAAUUUCCUUGGACAUGUAUUUUGGUUUUCAAAGUUUGACUCAUGCCCAAUCUCUUAAUGUGGAGGAAACAGAGUUUGUGACAGUCACAAAGGGGUCCUGUAAAUGUUUUGGCUUACACUAGGGGGCAUUCAGGCCAUCCAGUUUGUUACUCUGUUUAUUUUCAGACUGUUGGUGUGUGAAGUAAAUAGAAGUAUUUCAAGCUACACUGAAUGUUCAAUCUUUUCACCCUUAUUGCUAAAUGCCGGCAGAUUAUAUCUCUAAAAUGUUAAAAUUAUUAACCACAACUUUUUGCAUCACUGCUUUGACAUAAAAAGGUAAUAAUUGACUGUAAUAAAAUUGAGGACCAUUUCUUAGUGGGACUUGGUUUGUCUUGAGUGUAUUUUUUUCACACACAGCUCAGUUAGUGUUUCACUGUUUCAUUGGCUCUCCUCCUCUGCAGUGUAUAUCUCCUGGAUUGGUAGAGACUGAAUUUGCCUUCCGGCACCACAACAGCGAUCCAGAGAGAGCAGCUGCAGUGUACGAGAGUAUAAAAGUAAGAGAGUGACUUGUACUGAGCGUCGACAGGUAUGUUCACUUGUGUACUUAUAUAUCAGAAACACAUUUUUUCUGAUCCACUCAGUGUCUGAAAGCAGAAGACAUCGCCAGUGCAGUCACAUUUGUCCUCAGUGCCCCUCCUCAUGUCCAGGUACCUCUCUCAGGACUUCCUACCAUUAAAUGAAUCAGGGUGUAAUGUUCAGUUUCUGGAUUGAUUUCUCCUUGUUUGUUCCAUCAGAUCGGAGAUGUGCAGAUGAGGCCAGUGGAGCAGGUGUCAUAGCAGUGAAACAGGAAGCUGCAGACAGGAGUAGCAGACAGACGGCAGCCACGGCAACUCCUCAGUGACCUCUGCUGGGCGAGGGAAGAAGGGUGGGGGGACAAAACAAAUCAACUACAGCUGUGUUGGAUCUGCAGGGAUGUGGUCGAAGAGGGGCUGGAGCCUUGAGGAGGCUGUGCAGAGGAAAUGAAGGGUGUGGACUUUGUGAAACCACUACGAGAAUACUACUGAAUGCUGUUUUUUGUAAAGGCAUGGUCCUGAACUGAGCUGAAACUCCAAACUACAGCCGGAACAAACACAAGAGGAGGGAGCUGCUGCUGUGCUCCAUGGUCAUCUGCACGACCAUCACUACAGAGGGAACAGAAUGCCAUUGAUUGCACAUGUUUUUGUUCUGUCUUUGUAGGUCAUACGACAUAUCUUUUUUUAAAUUACAUUAAAAGAUUAAUUGCUGUUCAUGACAAAUGACCGUUUUCUUUUGUUUCAGAUUUUUAUAAAUAUUUUAACUUUGAUCAUAGCUAGAUGUGGUCUCAUACUCGCUAACCAUACAACACUACACCGUACUCACUGUAACUAAUUUAGCCCUCAGUUAGUCCAUCCUGCCACUGUAACGCACAGUUUACUUUCCAGAACAUAUUCAGUCACCCAGUUUUCAACCCCUGUGAAAGAUGUCAGGAAAAGUAUCAACAGAUUCUGCCCGUGUACAUUCAGUCAUUCUGCACUUUGGAUUCAUUUAGGAAGAGUCACAAGGAGGUUUAACACUGGCAACGUAUGUAGGGGGAAGAAAACUAACUCCAUGCACAUGUAUACCUGAGAAAUGUGUACCUUUUCAGCGGAAAUGUCUCCUUAAAUAAAUAAAAAGUAUGCCCAAAAGAAAAUGAU